CAGCGUUACAAUCCAGGAGUGCAUGACCGUUUUUUAAUUAAGCAAUUUAUUUAAUUCUGUUUUGAAAAUCUGAUAGGAGACAACAAGGAAAACAGUGUACACUAAGUUGUAUAACUAGGUUAGUGCUGCUGGUAGAAAACUUGAAGCACCCAUUUAUUUGAAUGGAGGGUUUACAGAGUUCUUCUCAACAAUGCCUGGAUCAUGAAACUAGCAGUUUAAUAGACAUGACCAAAGCGGAUAUUCCUGAGCCAUCCUCGGAAGGAGAUUCAGCGCUGGAUAGAUACAGGAGCCUGUCCCCUGGUUCUGAGAGACCCGUGGUUCAUCAAGUAGCUCCUCCUCCCAUGCCUGCAGAGUGCGAGUUCUCCUUCUUUGACCCCAAUGAUCCAAAGUGCCGGGAGAUCCUGUUCAGCCCUCGAACCACUGUCUCUGAGCUGUUUGCUGUACUGAGACAGUGGGUCCCACAAGUGCAGCAGAACAUCAGUGUGAUCGGCAAUGAGAUCCUGAAGCGUGGCUGCAGUGUUAAUGAUCGAGAUGGGCUGACUGACAUGAGCUUGCUUCAUUACACUUGCAAGGCUGGAGCGCAUGGGAUCGGCGAUGCAGAGACUGCUGCCAGCUUCGCUUCCCAGUUGCUCAGCAUGGGGGCCGACCCCAGCCUGCGAAGUCGCUGGACCAACAUGUGCGCCCUGCACUAUGCUGCCUACUUCGACGUGCCGGAGCUCAUCAGGGUUGUGCUCAAGGCAUCAAGACCAGGGGAUGUUGAUGCUACCUGCAGUGACUUUGAUUUCGGCACAGCCCUGCACAUCGCUGCGUCUAACUUGUGUUUACCAGCUGUGAAGUGUCUGCUUGAACAUGGGGCCAAUCCGGCCUUCAGGAAUGACAGCGGGCAGACCCCUGUGGACGUGGUGCCAGACCCCCUCGAAAUUCCCCUGGAGAUGGCGGACGCUGCGGCAGUUGCCAAGGAGAUAAGGCAGCUGCUGCUGGAUGCGGUGCCCCUGGCCUGCGACAUCACCAGGGCCAUGCUGCCCAACUACAGCAAUGUCUUGGGCAAGACCCUCCUCAGCUCCCUGGGCUUCAGACUGGGUGAUCGUGUCAUCAUUGCGGGGCAGAAGAUUGGCACUUUGCGGUUUUGCGGCACCACCGAGUUUGCCAGUGGCCAGUGGGCGGGGAUAGAGCUGGACGAACCGGAGGGCAAAAACAACGGGGGUGUCGGGGGGGUGCAGUACUUCAGCUGUCCUCCCAAAUACGGUAUCUUCGCCCCUCUGUCUAAGAUCAGCAAGGUUUCGGAUCACAGGAAGAUAACAGCAAAAAGCUCCACAGUGAGAUCUUCCACCCCCAUCCGGUCACAGAAGAUCGACCUGUCCCACGUUACCUCCAAGAUAAACACAGGUGCAUCCUUCAUCAAAAAACACACUGCAAAAAAGCCACCUGAAAACCCCCCAGCAGUAGAUAAGCCCCAUGCUACACAACCAGGUUCAGUCUCUCUGCCUGGCUCCAGCUGCUGCUCCUCCUCCUCUACCUCCUCCCUGGACAACAAACCUCAGUCGAGCCCCCGGCAGAGACCGACCCACCCCCGGCCCAGGAACCCUGUCUGGACCAAAAGGUCCUCCGUCGGCAGGACAGCGCCCUCUACUGCCAGGACCACUGCCGGUAUGCAGGCCCGCACCCCCUCCAUAGGCAGUGUGCACUCCGAAGAAGCUGACAUCCAGGUGGGGGACAAGGUCCUGGUGGUGGGGCAGAGGACUGGGGUGGUCCGCUUCCACGGAAAGACCAGUUUUGCACCAGGGUUAUGGUAUGGGAUUGAGCUGGACAAACCCAGUGGAAAGAACAAUGGCUCCGUAGGGGGGGUGCAGUACUUCAGCUGUCCCGCCAAACAUGGGGUCUUCGCACCCCCAUCUCGAGUGCAGAGGGUACAUGGUUCUAUGGAUUCUCUCACAGAUACCUCCUCUGCCAGACGUAACCUCUCCUUCCCAGGAAUCAGACGAAGUUUCAGCACCUCAUCGUCCAUCUCUUCACAGAGAGAGCUGAGCAGGAAGAGCCCAGUUAACAGGUCGCGGCCACCGUUCCUGCGUCGUAGCUGGAGCAGCACCAGUGCAGGGUAUGGCGGUUUGCCUCCUGUCUCCGACGGCACAGUGAAGCUGCACCAAGGCAUGCAGGUCUUCCUCGCCAGCUCCAACGAGAUAGCCACAAUCCGCUAUGUGGGCCCUGCUGACUUUGCCCCGGGGGUGUGGCUAGGGCUGGAGCUGCGGGCUCCAAAGGGCAAGAACGAUGGCUCCGUGGGAGACCGCCGCUACUUCACCUGCCGCCCCAGCCACGGGGUGCUUGUGCGGCCCAGCCGGGUUACCUAUCGUGGCAUUAAUGGGGCCCAGCUCGUGGACGAGGGCAGAUAGGCCCAUGGGCCACUGGGCAGAGGACAGGACACUGGAGUAGGUUAGCUUUCAUGGUUACUGAGCCAGUUAUCAGGAAUUUAGAUUGUGGGUUUUGUUGUCAAACAUGGCGUCAAGAUCUGUAUAACUGUUUUCUAGAAAGCAUCCCAAGGACCUUCUAACUUCUAACUAAAUAAAAUUGUAUUGUAGACCUGGAGAUUUCUCACUAUAUCUGCCAUUAACUUAAAGUUGUGAAUUCCAGGACCCCUCUCCAGUUCUGUACUAUUGCAUUUGUGGUGUUUUAAAAUGUGUAUUUCUACUUGACGGAAUUGAGGUACUAAUGAUCAGGGUAUUUUAAGUGUCUUUCUAACAUGGUUUUACUUUUUUUGUCUUCCUCUAGCUGUCCUCUCUAUAGCAUUCAUAUCCCCUAUCCAUUAUUCUGAUUUGUCUAUUUUAUUGUGAACUUUUUAGUAACAAUCACUGCCUUUAAAACCCUUCUACCAGAAAAGUAUUCCUUUAGAAAGACAUGAUAGUGAGUUGUUUGGGUUUGAAGAAAAGGUUGAUGGAACCUUGUCUAAUAUUUGGCUCAUACCAAGCCCAACAAACAUGCAAAAGAGCACAAUGUUUUGUCACUUUUGGCGGACAACUACCUACACACCUGGCAAUGAUGUUCUACAGCACAGACACAUGAAUACACACACAUUUAGAAUUAAAAAUUGCCUUAUCAGUUUAUUAGUAACCCUUUUGCACCUUUUAGCAAUACAUUCCAAGAAAGUGAUCCGGGAUACUGGGCACUGGCUGCUGCUGCAUGGUUUGUGGCUAGUAAGACUUGUUAACCAAGAUAAAAAAGACUUGCCACCUGUACAAGCACACAAACUAAAAAAAAAAAAAUAAAAAAAAAAAAUACAAGAGCAGGAACUAGCAUAUUAUAAGCAUAGUCACUUACAAGCACAUACACCAUUUAAUGAAAUGUUAGUUACACAAGCACUUAUACAAACACACACAUCCACAAAACUACACACAGAAAGUGAAUCAUAGAAAGAAACUGUCAAUGUGGUGGCAGCAAGUCCUUGUACUAUAAACAGGGUGCAAUAAAAAUAUCAGGCCAGAUCUACCAGAACGAAUAUCAGGCAGCAGCAGUGAAUUCCAAACCCACAAACUUUGUAAGUGUACUAAUAGAUGCACUUAAACUAUUUUUUGUACAUAUGUAACAAGCUGGAUGUGUUGGAAAUUAAGUGUGGUUUUGUAAUAUUAUAUUAUAUAGGAAAGCAGGUCAAAUUGGUAGUGUAAUAUGUUUAAACUACUUUUCUUUUUUUUUUAAAACAUAAUUUUGUUUUUAAACUGAAAUUUAAGGUGUGUAGUCUGUUUGUUACACACACAGCCAUUUUAUUUUUGUCUAGUUUUUAUUCCUUUGGUUAAUAGAAACACCCUUUUGUGUACAAGAUGUCUAGGGUGUGUUGUGCUAGCAGCCCUGUACUCCUCUUUGCUGUAAGAACUACCCAGUCUUCAUUCAGAUAAUCAGCUGGUCACAGGAGGCACUGAAACAUCUGUGUGCAGCUGUCAGACCUUUAGAAAUAUUUAAUAUGAAGAAGCAUAAUAAUGUCACUGCCAAACGUUUUGAGCUAAAGUCUUUCUUCAUGUCUUCUGGAAACGUUUGUCAUCAAACUUAAGUUUCUUUUAGUAUUUUUAAAUGUAGCUGUAUUUAGUGUUUAAUAGCUGUCAGAACUCCCCAGUAGUGAGGUUAAUGACAGGCAGCCCUGUAAGACUGAAAAGGGGGCAUCUGUUACGUUUUUCUCCCAAGUUUUAUUUUCAUACCUGUCUCUCUCCCAGUCAUCAUUUUGAUGAAUUUCAGAAGUAGCAUUUGCUGAUGUAGAAAUCAAGAUGUGUAUUCAUAAAACAUCUGCACACUGGGAAGUGCAUUGGACUACAGUGCAGUUACCGGUAUGCUAGCACUUUGUGACCGCAGACCAUGAGGAAAAAGACUGGUAGACUAGCUCUUUCAUGAAGGUAAAUGUAUUACACUUGCAAUAAUACCUUUUAUUUUUGGAUUGAAUUGUGUAUGUGUAAGACUUUAUUUGCUGUUCUAUGUACCAGCUAUUUUUUAUUGUGUGGAUGAAGUGUAUAUGAAUUGCAAGAUUGCCAAGUGCUUUCUGUCUGUUCUAAAAUAUACAUAUUUUGCUUUAUUUUAAUGAUUAAUAUUUUACAAAUGUAUAAAAAAAACCUGCUUCGUUGAGGAUUAUGAUAUAAAACGUAUGCAUCUGUAAAAAGUAAAAUAAAGAUUUAUACUCUUAUUUCAGUAUAUA